CCCACUGUGUGGUGCUGGGAGGGCCGUAUUCAGACUCUCCUUCGCCCUUUCAUCACAUCUCGACCAUCUGUGCAAUACCGGAAAUAGUGUCUUUGAGGCAAUUCCAGUAUCCUGAAGAGCUAGGCUGUAUGCACAUGACAAACCUCUGGGCUCGGAAAAGGCACCAGACUGGUGGAAGGCCGUCUAUUUUCUAAGGAUCCCUGAGAAUUUGCUGUAAUUCCAGUUAAGUGGGAAGUUUUACUUUCUAUUUAAGGGGUCUCUGAUAUUUAUUUAGCAUGGGAAUAAGUGGCUCUUCCAUUGUUAAUGGGGAUGUGGGUGCAAAAGAGCUAUGUAUCAAGAGCCCACUUGGCAACAGAAGUUUUUCCCACACACUUAGUUCAUACAGUAUUCUGUUGGAGAAAGCAGACCUAAAACUGGCUACUAAGUUUCCUUUUCAGAGCUUUUGCACUUAAGCAAAUUGGUCAGAUGUUUGCUCCUCAGUAGUGGUACACAGCAGCUGCUAGACAGAAGCAGCACAGAUGUUUUUAUUUUGGUAUCUUAGUCAUGUGUUUGCUCACACUGUUCUGCUUAUGCAGCAGUAAGUUUUUAGAACUGACUUAAUAGUUUCACCUUGGUUGCCCUUUUUUGCUACUGUACAUUAAAUUAAUGCAUAUAGAAAGAUGUUCAAUCAUUUUUUAAAGAAUUGCAGACAGAGAAGCAAAGCAGAUUUUUUUUUACCUCCCUCUCCAUCCCUAUAUGUGCUUACUCACCUUAGUCUAACCAAGGAGUCCACUUGAUGGACCUUGACCUGCAUGCGUGAACUGGAUACACAUCCACAUGCAUGCUUGAAUGCAGAUGCUCUCUGUCUGCACUUCAUGGUUUUCAGCUGAAUGUGCAUUUGGAUUCAUGUUCUGGAGAGGGAAGCAUGUUUGAAAGUGCAUCUGAACGCAUCUUCCACAAAAAGCAGUGUAAUCCAGUUAGAGCACAUCUGAUUUAGGCCUACUGUUCUUGAUCUAGCCAAUGAUCUAUGCAUGGAAACCUGUUUCCUUGUGUGGAUUUGAUCAGGUUGGCUGACUCCAUGAGGCCAGUUCUAAUGACAGCACAUGCAGUUUCAGGAAACCAGGAAGCACCUGCUACUCUAACAACUGCCACUGAUCCUUCUGACAACUUGAGAAGAGCUUCAGCAGGUUUCCUGUGGAGAUUGGGCUGUGACAUCGUGCACCUACGGGCAUGGCUUGAGGCUAACUCCUGACUUGAGCCAUUAUUGACAUUGCAAGGGGCAUUCCACGCCAUAGUUUAAAGGAUCUGGCAAAGAGAAUUGGGCUCUUAGCUGCAUAUUAUCCCGGACCGGUUCAUUCCCCAUUUUAAGACCCAAGCUGAAGGAAGCAAGUAGCCAGCUGUGCCUUGUCUUUCAGCCAGCUGGUUGAGGCCUCAUGCCUGCCUGCUAUUUUCUGCUGCCAAUGUUUUGAGACAGCAUGAAAGCAGUGUGAAUGACAGCCCUGACCUCCCCCCCCCAUUUUUUUAAGCAACAGCACAACUUUCUUGCAUACCUUGAGGAGUUGUCCUAAGGUGGGGCCUCUCUUUUCUCCCAUUCUCCUACUCCCUAUGUCCACCCGUGAAACAUCUGAUUAAUGAAUGGGAGUGAAGGCGGUAGAGUGAUUUUUUUCUUUAUUGUUGUUUUUGCAAAGCUAAUCAUUGUUGGUUUUUCCAGUGAGCUUAUUACAGCAACCGAUGGAGGGCAGAUUUCACUGGACUGGUUUGACAAUCAUGAUAGCAUUCAUUACCCAGAUUCCAGCACCAGACCCACUAUCCUCUUGCUGCCUGGCCUCACGGGAACUAGCAAGGAAUCCUACAUUCUCCAUAUGAUUCAGGAGAGCAAAACACUGGGCUACAGGUGUGUGGUUUUAAACUAUCGAGGAAUUGCUGGUGAAAAUCUCUUGACCCCAAGGACUUACUGUGCUGCUAAUACAGAGGAUUUGGAAACCGUUAUUCAUUAUGUACACAACUUGUACUCCUCAGCUCCGUUGAUGGCAGCAGGUGUUUCUAUGGGAGGCAUGCUCCUUUUAAAUUAUUUGGGCAAAACUGGCAGAGAAACACCACUGAAGGCAGCUGCAAUUUUUUCAGCAGGAUGGAAUGUUUUUGAAUCUGCAGACUCACUGGAAAAGCCAGUGAACUGGUUUCUCUUUAAUUACUACUUAACCAGCUGUCUACAAUCUUCAAUUAUUAGACACCGGGAAAUGUUUGAUAAGCUGUUCAAUAUGAACCUUGUCAUGAAGGCUAAGACCAUUAGGGAAUUUGAUAAGCAGUUCACCUCAGUCAUGUUUGGCUACCCUACAAUUGAGGAUUACUAUGCAGAUGCUAGUCCAUGCCGUAGACUGAAGAGAAUUGGAAUUCCAGUGUUGUGCUUAAAUGCUAUGGAUGAUGUCUUCUCACCAAACCAUGCCAUACCAGUAGAAAUUGCAAAACAAAAUCCUAAUGUGGCUUUGAUUCUUACUUCUUGUGGAGGCCAUAUUGGUUUUCUGGAAGGACUGUGGCCAAGAAGAUGCACAUACAUGGACAGAGUCUUCAGACAAUUUGUUCAAGCUGUGUUUGAGCACGGAAGCAAAAUCCUUAACAUAUAGCAACUUAUCAGAACCAUGACUGCAGCACAGUUGCAUAUUAUGAUCAGGGUAACGAAGCUUAAUGCACACGAUUUAGCAAAUAAGCCAGCAAAUGGAUGAAAUCCAUUAUUAGGAGCGAAAUAUAGUUUGCUUUGAUAAUUUUGCAAUAUAGUUACUUUUUUAUUUUAACAUGCCUUAUAAGAAUGACCUUAAAUAAAAAGAAUACUCUGCACACAUUAAAUUGCACUUAACCAAAACCAUGUAAGUAAACCAAUAAAAAUUACUCAGGUUUUUUAUUUAUUUAGAUAAUUUAUUUAGGAAUCUUGCAUACUUGUUCACAUGCACAUAACAUUCAAAACCAUGAUUCUAUUGUAAUACAUGAAGUGGGCUUGUCUCUAAGGGCACUUAUGGAGGAAAUGCUUUAGGAAGAUUUUAAAAGUAAUGCAAAUAGGAGUUUAAAAAGCCAUCAUUAACUUUAGCCAUGGGCUACAAUAGCAUUACAGCACUUUAGACCCUAUGGGGAUUAUAUGUACUGUUUUUUCAUUUAUGUUGAUGCCAUAUAUGUCUUACUUUUUAAACAUUGUUAAUUAACUUAAUAACAUUUAUAUUUAUACCAGAUGUUUUAUGUUGAAAUGCAGAAUGGAAAUAAAUUACAUUUUUAAAGAAA